CCUAUAUAUGAAAUUAAUUGAACAAAUAAAAACAUUCUGACAAAAUUUUAGGUUGUACAAAAUAUGCCAUAUUAACGCACUUUCGGUUCUGAAGUUAUUUAUAGUUUAGACAAAAGGAAAUGGACGGGAAUCCCUGCAAUGAAAAUGAUUAUCGAAUACAAGGAAUUCUUCGCAAAAACAAUAUAACAGACGAAGAUGUUGAAAACUGGUUUCAAAGAAAAGCGAAAAUUAAAGACGUUGUAUUGAGCGUUAGUCUGACUGUCUGGCGGAAGUCUUUGGACCAACGUUUUCCGUCAAGCGUGGACGCUUUUAUCUUUGCACACAAUAAAAAUCAUUCCAUCGCCAUAGAAAUUCAGAACCAUUUUAAAAAGAUUUUGUUCCAACUUGAACCAAAAAUUGAAAUUUUCUCGAAAGAGUCGUGGACACCCGUCGACAAUGGUUCCAUGCAUUUUAAAACCAACGACGGUAAAGAGGUGUCGGCUUCUUUAGGGUUUUUGGUGGUGACCCCAGAGUUUUGCACAGAGGAAUGGGGAACACUGUCCGGACAACCGUUCUUUCAAAGGGCCAUGUAUGACAAAGACGUAACCAUUGUCCCCGUUUUAGUGAAUAACCCACGUCAUAUGAAAGAAAGAAUCCCGCUCGGAAUAAAAUGCUUGAGGUCCGUUGACUUUUACAACAAAGAUGACAUUAUUUCUCAGAAAACAGUAGACACCUUUUUAAAGCCAGCGAUUAAAAGCAGAGUGAACAAAGAGAAGGAAGAGCUAAGAAAUCAGAUCUAUUGGUUGUACUGGAAAGUCAUUGCUAAGUUACCGGAAAUUAAGGAAUACCACUAUCCAUGGUCAUACCCUCAACACAAGAGAUCUAGAAUGCCUUCACAGGAUGAUUCGGAUUAUUACUCACAUAGCACCUACCAAUCAUACAGCCAACAAUCCUCUUCACCGAACGGAAAGGGAGACCAAACCACUGGACAGGGCUUCAAUAGCGAUUCUGCUUACGGCAGCGAUGAGCGCAACAGCCAGUGGGCAGAGUCCACAGGUUCGGCGCCAUGUGAAGAUGAAGACAAGACAAGUCUCCAUUCCAACCAGUCAGCAGACGAUAUGAAUGACCUCCCACACGCGCCAUCUCUAAAUCUUCGCUCUUUGAGCGAGUCAAUGUCAACGGUGAAAUCACACAAACACAGGACCCAUUCACCAUUAUACAGAGAUAUUGGUGAACAGCGAUCGUCAAAUGGAACAUCAUCAUCUCAGGACGAAACGGACGUCAAGAGACAAUUUUCCCACACCACUAAACCUAAUACACCUAAAACAACAUCGUCAUGCUCAAAUUCGGAUUUCAGUAUCCAAAACUCAACAAAAUCAAACGCUUUAUUCAAUACAAAGACAGCAUCAGAACAUCGCUUGCCAGUUGCUGUGGAGGUUGAAUGCAACAAUCUUUUAACUUUAUCAUCGCACAACUCAAGCAUAAACAUUCCAUCAACAGAUAUUCAAGAUGCAUCAGAAGUUCCAAACUCAAAUCUAAGCUCCAGGUCAUCGUCAAUUGACCAAAGAAAUAGAAGCAACAGGAGAGAAACAACACAAAACGAAUUCAAGCAGUCCCCAACACCUCAACCGAUCAAUGUCAGUAACACGCUUUGGAACUCUCAUUCGAUAACUAGUUCGAACAUCCAUCGGCCUGCAUUUAACCAUGGUCAUCCACAACCCCAGCCUCUACAAGUGCAAAUUGACAAAUUACCAUCCGUAGAUUUAACUUCAGGUGAUAUGUCGACUUCAGAACCGCCAUCAAACCAUUCUGCGAUGAGCAGACGAUCAGUAAGCAAUAGCUUUCACCCUCCUCCAAGUCCACAUGAGAUUUUCAUUAACUCAUUUCCAUCAGACGUAGAAGAGACAAGUACUAGUAACCUCGCAUCUGCCAAGACCGCUCCUUUAUCCGCCCGUGACGUCACACAUUGCUUCGUCUCUGCUCCUUCGUCAGGAUAUUGGGAUUCACAAAGAGAGAAGAUGGUCAAUGUCGUUAAACCUUUUUCCUCUCUCAAUCAUCAUCAUGAAGACGAGGACGACGAUGAUGAUGAAGACGACGUUAUUCGCAAUGAUUUUUCACCGCCUGAUGCACAUGCUGAAGAAACGUUCGUUAAGCAGUAAGAUAACGUGCAAAACAUGGAUUUUGAAUUAAAAUUAAAAAAAAAAAGCUUACACUUUAGAUGAGUAGCUCAAGUUUUAAUAUGGCACGUGGUUUAACGAUUGGAUUAAUGAAAUGAAAGCUUCACGGGCAUUACGUACACGGUGUUUUAUUCUAUUAGCCGUACCCCGAUACUGGAGACUUUGGAGAGGUUCAGUGGGGCAGUGUAGACUUACAUGUAUACAGUGCUCAUGGAUGUAGUAAAAGAAACUCAAAAAAUUAUUGUAAAUAUAUGAGCUGAUGUUAACAAACUUUUGUGAAUGCGUGGAAUUGUUCACUUUUUGGCAUUAGUAAUUUUGAAGUGUUAACAUGUACUUGCUAGUAACUUAAUUACGUGCUCUCAAACAAUUUAUGUGUGGUUGAUGUGAUAUGUCGGUUCAGCUAUCUGGGCUCCGUUUUUACAAAACUUGCGACCGUAAAUCUUUUCGGUCUUAAGGAAUGAUAAUGGACGUGUAAAACUUAAGCACAAUCAUUUAUAUUAAACUUUUUCAAUUUUAAGUACGAUUUACUGGUAUGAAGUUAAAAUAUUUAGUAAUUCUGAACAACGAACAUUAAAGUCUUUAAAAAUAAUUUUGCAAAACGCAGUUAUCCAUCUAAAACAUUUUCAAACACAGAACUCUCACUUUUUGAUCAAUUUUCUCUUCAGAAAAAAAUGAAUAUUGUUUGAAGUCUAAAGAGUACGAGUUUUCCCCAAAGCCAAUUUUUGUGAAUUAUCUCUAUGUCGUCUCCAUUGGGAUAAGUUUUAGCAUGUGUCCAAUUGUAUUUCUUUGUCAAUUUCUGUUACAAGCAUGAUAUAUUGUUACUUUCAAAGUGAAUAUCCGGACUAAACAUGGAUAAAAAUGUAGAUAAUAAUGAUGAUGAUGACCACAACCCCAAUCGCCAUGUCCUUCUCGGGUCCGUUAAAACAUCUUUUUCGUGAAAUAUUGAGAUUAUAUCGGAAUUCAAGGAAACUUCAGUAUUCAUUCUAAUAGGUCAUCUUUUAUAAAGAUUGAUUUUUUCCUAUUACUUACACUAUUUUCUAUAUUUUUAAAUGGAAAAUUUAGAAACACAUAUUAGAAUUAUAUUAUAUAUAGUCCUUUGUGUCAACUUCAAAUCUUGGACCAAUAGUAUUGAUUGAUAAAUAAAAUCAAACAAACAUGAA